AUGGGUGCUUGUUCCUGUGCUGAUAGAAACGAUCCUCUCAGCCAAGAAAGCGAAGGAAAAUCAAAAAAAGAUGACACAAAAAGACGCCAAAAAUUAAGAGACUGGAAGAGCGAAGACGAAAGCGGUGGAGAUAGUAAGGAUUCAAUGGAUUAUCAGGAUACCGACGCGUAUGAAACAGUUAUUCCUGAGGGUUUGAAAGAAGGCGAAAUAUUUGAUAUUGAAGGUGGAGGUCAGUUUAAGAUUAUAAAAUACAGGGAAAGUCCGCAUAAAACCAUAAUAUACUGCUUGACUUGUGAAGUCAAUUUUCCUGCAAGUGAUUUAAAAAUGCAUAUAUACCUUUAAAUUUUAGACUUGACUAUGAUAGAAAGAAUAAAAGGAGAUAAUUAAUAGAAAAAAUCUUUAGAAAAGGGAAAUUUAAUAGAUUUAGAAUAAAAAAUCCAGAACAUAUGAUGAACAGCCCAGAAAAAUGUGUGGUGUUUUAG